UAGCAGAGUCCGGUCAGUGAGAGUCACUCUGGAGAGGUAGUGCGAUCCUCGGCAGUGUUCUGAGACUGCACUAACUGCUCCGGUCAUUACUGGAAAUGUCAUGAGAAUGGACAUUACGGAGGAGAAAUAACUAAAUAAAGGCAUUUGUGAGAAAAUACAGGUUUAAACUUUUUUUUUCCCGGAAAAGUUAAUUGAAUUCAUUAUAGGCUACGCAAGACAAGGUUGUCUUCAGCAUAGGCGCAUCAUGACAGCCGAGAGAGAGAAAAAAAGGCAUCCUUCAGAAAGGCGCAAGGAAAAGUCCCGUGAUGCAGCACGCUGCAGACGCAGUAAAGAGACAGAAGUUUUCUAUGAGCUGGCCCAUCAGCUGCCGUUACCCCACAGCGUCAGCUCCCACCUGGACAAAGCCUCCAUCAUGAGACUAGCUAUCAGCUUCCUGCGCACACGCAAACUCUUGAACUCAGGCCGCACAGUCCAGCAAACCCAGUCACAGGAUGACAGCCAGAUGGACAGUCUAUAUCUGAAGUCUCUGGAAGGCUUUGUUGCUGUGGUAACAUCAGAUGGGGACAUGAUAUUCCUUUCAGAAAAUGUCAGUAAAUUUAUGGGCCUUACGCAGGUAGAACUGACAGGCCACAGCAUCUUUGACUUCACGCACCCCUGCGAUCAUGAAGAAAUCCGAGAGAAUCUCAGUGUCAAAUCAGGAGCUUUGAAUGGCAGAAGAGGGAGAGACAUGAGCACGGGCAGAGAUUUCUUUAUGAGGAUGAAAUGUACGGUCACCAAUAGAGGUCGCAAUGUCAACCUCAAAUCAGCCAGCUGGAAGGUGCUGCACUGCACGGGGCAACUCCAAGUGUGCAGCAGCCGCCCCCCUCAAGUUCUGUGUGGGUUUUCGGAGCCACCCCUCACAUGCGUCACUAUGCUGUGUGCGCCGAUUCCACAUCCCUCAAAUGUCGACACACCUCUCGACAGCAAGACGUUCAUGAGCAGACACAGUAUGGACAUGAAGUUUAUCUACUGUGAUGAGAGAGUAAGCAGCCUGAUCGGGUAUAGGCCAGAGGAACUUCUUGGCCGUUCGGUGUAUGAGUUCUGCCAUGCUUUGGAUUCUGAAAGCAUGACAAAGAGCCACCAAAAUCUUUGCAAUAAGGGUCAAGUGGUGAGUGGCCAGUACAGAAUGCUAGCCAAGCACGGGGGCUACGUUUGGAUGGAGACCCAAGCGACCGUCAUCUACAACAAUCGCAACUCCCAACCACAGUGCAUCAUCUGCCUCAACUACGUCCUGAGUUCUGUUGAGGAGCAGUCCGUCAUCUUCUCCCUGGAUCAGACGGAGUCUCUGUUCAAGCCCUACCACAUGUGUAACAUGGGAGAACUGUUCAGCCAGGGUGGAGCUUCCUCCUUUUCUGAAGCUGAGGACAUUCUUUUCACUAAGCUCAAGGAGGAGCCUGAGGAGUUAGCUCAGUUAGCUCCAAUGCCAGGAGACGCCAUCAUUGCCCUGGACUUUGAUAGGCCAGAUUUUGAAGAACCGACUUUCUUCUCCAAGUCCACCAAGCUUCCUGUGGUGGCACCGUCGUGGGUUGUGGAGACGCCACCUGAUGGCAGUCCUGAUAGAAAACUGCCCAACAUGCCGUCUGUGAGCAAAUGCACACCCUGUUCCACACCCUGCUUGAGCGGCUGCAGCAGCUGUUCUACACCCAGCAGUCCAGUAGAUUACUAUGGCAGUGGAGAGUGUGAUCUAAAGGUGGAGCUGACUGAGAAGCUGUUCGCCUCUGAAUCUGUGGCAACAAAUCCUACAGACUCCAGGUUGGACCUGAGCGAUCUGGACCUGGAGACUCUUGCUCCAUACAUCCCAAUGGAUGGUGAGGACUUCCAGCUGCACCCCAUCUGCCUGGAGGAGCCGGUGUCUGACACAGGUCCAGGCCUGAGCACAGCCCUCCAGCACAGCUUCAGCAGUGUAGCUGACCUCUUCCAGCCCCUGGGUCCAUUCCCUCCUGACAACAAGAGUAGCACUAACACAUGUCCAGACACGGUUCAAGUGCAGCCUUACCAAACCGCACCAAACGUCCCACUUUCCUCUAAGGAGGGUAGACAGAUUCUUCAGUGGUCCCCUGACCCACCCUCACAGUAUAUUAGAUGCAUGGAUGACCGAAGCGCAGCAGAUCCAGGACAAGCAUGCAACUUCACCACUGCAUUACCACAGCAAACAUUUUUUGAGAGCUUUGCCCCUGUACAGAAACGCAUGAGUGUGGGUCAGAUAGCUCUCGUCAACAACUUUAAACGGAAGAGGCUGUCAGAGUUCAGUUCAUCAUGCUCUUUCACUGAUAUUCCAAAGCAGGUGGUAGCUCCUCACAAGUCUGCAGAUGGAAUGCAAAAAAGGAUGAAGACGAUGAACGUCGACAGCUGUGCCUUCUCUGUCAGAAAGUCUCUCAGCACAAGUGUGCUAACAGAUAAAUUUACAUGUAUGCAAAGUGGAUUGGUGGCUCCUCACGGCUGCAGUCAGUCUCUCAAAGGAAGCUCAGAGGAUCUCAAACAGCAUUUCCCAGAGUCAUUCAGACAAUACCACAUGAUGCCUCCACACAAACACACAGGCAUGAUAAGUCAACUGUUUGGCCCAUCGUUUGACUCGUACUGUCUGCCAGAGCUGACACGAUAUGACUGUGAGGUAAAUGUACCUCUACAGGGAAACCUGCAUCUGCUUCAGGGCAGAGACCUCCUGAGAGCUUUAGACCAGACCACAUAGACCCAGAGCUUCUUCAGUGAUCCAUUCACCCAUCUUUACCUAUUAUGCUGUUGUCUUUUACGCAUGUAUCAUCAGCCUUUAUUUGGACGUAUUUGUACAUUUUCCUUUAAGACCUGUGUAAUAUUUUAGUAUGUAUUUGAAAAAUCUGAUUGUUACUUGUUUAAAAUGUGUUCAGAUGUACCAUAUUCUGUGCUAUCUCAAACUCUAAUAUUGUCCUGUGCCUUCAGAUGCUAAAUGCUCUUAACAUUUAUAAUCAGAUUUACCAGAUGUUUCACUGUUGCAAAGUUAUAUCUCAACUAACUAGAAUAUAUACAAUAUACAAUAAUAUAUAUGUAGUUUAAUGGUAGUUUUAUUUGUAAGUUAUUCAUUCAGCUUGGAAUACAACUACUGUAUUUGCAUAAAUCAAUGACGGAUAAGUGUUUUGCCAAUCUAUUGCCUUAAAUAUUUGCUUCUGUGUAGCUCAGAAACAUGUCUGUUUUCCCAUUUAGAACUUCCUCUAUUCCUUUCACAAUUAUGACAAAUGCUGUAUUAAAUGUAUAGUUUCUGUCAUCUAAAGCACUUUAUUUUAAAACAUGCAAAUGGAAGACCAAACUGAAAAGCCCUAGUGUAGUGGUAUGUCUUGGCCAUCUUCUCAGGCCCAUCUAACACUAACCAUUCUCUAAAAUAACUCCCAUCUUCUUUCUUUGAAAACUGAACUCUAAAUUUGCAUUUUAUUUUCUCAUACAAACAUAUCUAUUGUGUCUACAUUAGAUGAGGUCUCUGUAGAUCUCUGUAACACGUAAAAAAUGUUUGUAUUUGGUGUUCAGAAGUGCCUUGGUACUCGUACAGUACACAGAGAUGAAUCUGUAGCUUUCUAUUUUACAGUACAUAUCUAUAUAUAUAUAUAUAUAUAUAUAUAUAUAUAUAUAUAUAUGGUAGUUUAAGGUUUUUAGAUUUUGUAUUAAAUUUUGUGAUGUGUGACCUUCUUGUGAUACUCUGGGGUUUCUGUGUGUUUCUUAACAAAAUAUAUUUAGCUAAUUUAAUCGUAUAUCUUUGAGAGAGUCUAUGAUUGUUUAUUCUCAGGAUAGUAGCUUAAAGUAACAAGCAUUUGUAUUUCAGUCUUUCUUUGUAGCAUUAAAAUAUAUGAAAGAUUGUAUUAUGUCUAAAAGAAAUUAAAACGUAAAUGGUGCUACUUACAAAUCAUUCUCAUCU